AUACCAUAAAAAGCAAUUACAAUGAGGCAACUUGAAAAUACCGAUACAUAAACUCGAUAAAAUUCAAACUGGAAUUUCGCUGAAUUAAAAAUGAAAUCCGCAACCACAGAACUUUAAAGAUUGGUCGCGAAUACUACAUAAAUUCAGAACUGAAUUGGUUCCGACCCCUUUGGGCAAAACCAUAUACUUGUACAACUUUAAUGAAUGAUUUUGAAAUUGAUUGCAAGAAAAAAAAAACACCCGCAUGACAGGAAUACCAAGGAAGUCGUCUAGACACACCUUAUUUUCAUCAUCCCGAAACAAAGAGUACCUCCAAAAAAAUUGGGCAUUAUGUAGGAAAAGGAUGCCAAGAAUUCUAGGUUUUCUUUAACAUACGAUAGAUUGCUUGCAUUUUUACAGUUUUUGUAGACAAGGAAUCUUCGUACGUUGGGUAGCAUUACCAUAUUAAGUUUCCCUUCAGGGCUUUUUUUUUCUCUCAUCUUACCUAAUCACGAGCAAAAAAGGUAUUACUAACCACAUUUAAACCGCAUCAGUGAUUUACUAUAAUAAAAUAAAUAAAAACAAAUAUUUGUGUAAAAGGUUUCUUUGCUUUUUAGUUUAGCAACAUGCAGCCCGUAGUGAUGUCUAACUCUUUAAGUGCUUCAUUCAGGUUUCGGGAAAAUUACAAAUACAAAGCCCAAACAUUAGCCCGGGGGUAAUGUCAGAUCUUAUUGAUCAUGAAGGGCUAUCAAAAUAAGCAAAGAAAUUGAACCAGCGGGGGUUCAGCGGAGAUCUGAAGGAUGAGAAACUACAAAAAGCCCGUCCAACAUAACAUAUUGGCAGAGGCGCCAAAUAUGCCGCUACUAGUCAGGAAAACGGGUCAAUUUAACAUUGUCGUACUAACAUCUACAAAUGAGUCGUUUGAGCUAAAACGGUACAGAGGACGCCGAAAGAGGGAAACUAUGCGCGCAGACAAUGAAUGCAAUAGCCUUGUAAUAACUCCUUUAUAGCAAUUAGGAGAAUGUUUUCAUUUAAAACAGAAAAUGCUAUUAAUGAAAAAUCACAAGCUUUUUAAUGCUGUGGUGGGGACUCGACAGGUAAGUAUAGGGGGGUUAAAUACAGAUUAUUUCUCAAGGGUUGGAAAAUUUAUUUGGCUGUUACCUUGGCGCGCGAUACACAGGGCGUUUGUGGUUUGUUGGCUGAUGUUAUGUCGCGGUGAUUCGAUAAAAAAUCCUAUGGGUUCUCUGGGAAUUCCAGUCGCAGUUGUUCUAUUAGCACGGGCUUGGCAAUUAAAGAGAUGUUAAAUCAGAAGUAACGCGAAACGGAUGGUUGCUUUUAUGUGCCUUGGCAAGGAAGGCAAGCUGAGAAGUAGAACCGGAUUCAAACGGCGAAACACAACAGAUCGCACAACCUAACGAGAAUAAUUCAUGCGAGAUACAAACAUCGAUAAUAGAAACAAGUGAACGCGGUGGUCACGAAUGCAAGCAUUGACGGUGCUUGUAGGAAGAAGGGAUUAAAUGAAUGCUGCGGAAUCGAUUUCUUUAGAGGUACAUUCAAUAUAAUGAUUAUUAAUAAUUGAUUGUAUGAUUUAGGAUAAAAAGGCCCUGCGUCUUUAACCAACAACUAUCACAGCAGUAAUCUUGAAGCCCUAACUUCUCUAGAACAACAAAGUUAAACUUAACAUAGUAAGAGACAAAGUAAGAAUCGAACUUUCACCUCAACACAUUACUCCGUUUUUAGACGCUCAAAUGGAAAAGAGAAGAUUUGUAUAAUAUAAAUAAUAAAUCAAGAUUAUAUUUUUGAAUGUAAACUCAGAUUUUCCGUGAAAUUUCUGAGCGAAAUACGCAAGGCACGAAAGUUAGGCGGGAUACUAUUAGCCUUUUAGCGACCAUAUGAUUAGAUCUUUACAUUUAUGUAAUCGUAAUCCGACCGAACCAUUUUAACCCACAGUAAGUAAAUAGACCGGGGUUGGCAUCGGUUAAGCCUCAGGAUCAUUUUAUUGGACCAUCCGUUACAAGUUUUUGUGAAGGUGUCCCGUACAUAGUUUGUUGGAAGCUCCUGUGAAGCAUAUUCGAAUAGUACAAGCAAAGCGAAAACCAGUUUCUACAGAAAAAAUCUAAAUAUCGAGUUAUAAGUUCUAAUGGCGAGGAAAAAAAGAGGUGAGUGCAAAUUGAAAAAAAAAAAGGAAACAAAAAACGCGAGAAUAAAAGUGAGUUGGGCUGUAAAUAACUAAUUCUGCGACAUUUAAAAACCUGCACUUAGGGGAUUUUAUGAAAAAAAAAAACAAUAACCAAGUUCAUAGAAAUAUUCAUCAUCGGUGCAGCAUGGAAACACCGGAAGAAAAGUUGUAAAUGGAAUAUUCUUAUUUGCGAUUAACGAAAUCUUGGUUUUAGAUUAAAAAAAACAGGUAAGGUCGUUUAAACGCUUACUGUGUAUAUUAUGAAAAUGAUAUUUAGAAGAAGAAAUAAAUUGCAUUUGAUAACGUCCAAUAACACAGCUAAGCAGUGAGGUUAAAGAAUUGGCGAUCGCUUUGAUUGUUUUAAGCAAAUCACUUGAAAACAACUGAUAAUAAUUUUAAGGAAACUACCACGGUCUGCGCAAAAUAAUUCUAUAUUAUCGCAAAGUUAUCCGAUAGCACGCUAAUGCGGCCGAUAUCAAUACACUUAAGGGCUGCAUAUAAUAUCUGCAAGCGUGUUUCUGUAUUUAACUCUUCCUCUUUUGAAUCUUGCGGUUUGGAGAGGCCUUAAUAGCUCAGUGUCACUUGAAAGGCCGAGAAGUGGAUCCUAAACAAACACUGUUAUAGUAAGGCGAUGUUUCUGAUGCGUUAGGACAAACACGCUCGGUAAAUGCACUACUCGGUAAAGCGUUUUACUGGGAAUUUCAACUAUUACUGACACACCACUUCGGAAGCUACGUUGGCAGUGAUUAAGAGCUAAAAUCAGAGCGAACCAUUGAAGAGUACUUACAGCACCCGCUGUCAACGCUUGAGAUCGUAAAAAGCAUUUUAAGUAUAAUGAAAAUUGUAAGUUUGUGGUGAUUCAUAGGAUGUGCGCGCGGUUUAAGGUAUCUUGUGGCACGAUACAUGACACAAGGACACACACUGGGAACUCGUUGCAUUUCCAAAAGGACGUUAUUAAUUGUGUUAUUCGUUAUCUCAGGGUCGACCCGUCACUGCUCUCGGAUCCAAAGGUGAACCGCUGUGACAUCUGAGAAGGAAUUAGGCUGUAUCACCAUGAAUGCGUCCGUGGGAGCGGCUCUCAACGCGUCUGCUAACUCCACGGUUGGCGCUGGGGAGGAGGAAAUAAUUAUUGGCGCUAGUAACAUUAUCGCCGCCACGUUUGUUGCUCUCCUGAUCGUGCUGACGCUGGGCGGAAACUUCAUCGUCUGCGCUAGCUUCUACACAUUCCGUGACCUGCGAACGAUCUGCAACUACUUCAUCAUCUCUCUAAGCGUCUCGGACAUCCUAGUGGCGCUGAUCGCCAUGCCUUUCUGGUUUACCAUCCAGAUAUCCGAUAACAAAUGGAGGUACAGUAGAAAGCUCAAGGAUUAUUGGGACUGUAUGGAUAUCUUAUGUGGGACGGCAUCUAUUAUGAACCUGAUGGCGGUCAGCUUCGACCGUCAGCUCGCAAUCACCACGCCCUUCACCUACCCCAAGAUCCUAACCAAGCGGCGUGCCCUCGUCAUCAUAUCCUUUGUUUGGGCGUACGCCGCGACAAUAUCAGGACUUCGACAACUUAAGGCUCCGCCCUACUGGCCCUUCCCUAACUACCUUCACUUAAACGCCACGUUCAGCUUUUUCCUGCCACUGUCGUUCAUGGUGAUGAUGUAUGCGAGGAUUUACCUUGUCGCCAGGUACCAAGCGAGGCGGAUAGGUAAAAACUACGCCACGGACAUCAAAGCGGCGAAGACGAUCGCCGUCGUGGUGGGCGUAUUCGCGGCAUGCUGGUUACCGUUCUUCGUAAUCGUACUCAUCUAUGCGUGGCAAGGGUACGAUGCGGGCGUAUCGCCGCAGUUAUUCAACCUGGCCAAAUGGCUAGCUUAUUUCAACAGCUGCUUGAACCCGAUCAUUUACACGUGUCUGAAUCGAACUUAUCGAAGGGCUUUCCGGAGACUGUUUCGGCGCUGUCGGAGAAUCCGAAGGGAUUCCGAGAGCUCGAGUGCGAGCUCGUGGUAUGGAGACACUAGGAAAAGCGUCACGCACAUGGGCGUGAAUAGUCCUUCGCCGCGCGCGAAGACCUCGCUAUUAAAUGGGCGUAACGGGAAUCAUAAGCUGGGGAAUAUCGACGAAAUCACAGACGUAUAACGUAGGGACAUGUAAGGUUUAUCGUGGAUUAUCGUAACCGAGUACGUAGGCUCUGAAAGCCACCGAGAAGCAGUAUUGGCGUGAAUUUUUAGUCUUCACCUUGCUUCUUAGUGCAAGCGAAACUAUUCUCAUAAAAAAGCCACUGGAAGUGAAGUGUUAUAAUACUAUCACAAAAUGGUCGACAAUAGCGGACACUCAUUAAUCGAAUGUCAAGUCUAAUUCUGACUUUGAUUGAUGGACUGUUAUAAUGUAACCAAUGGUUGGUUAAUUAAUGCUAACCUGUUUAGUCGGGUUUAGGACUAUCAAAAAGGGAUUGAGUAACAUAAUAUUACAUUAGAUCCUAAUUGUAUGCGGACGCUCACGUCCCCAUGAAUCGAUCUCAAGGGUUUAAACAUGACAAAAAAUAAUGCAGAAUGUAAGACAAAAUGUUUAGGAAUAAAUAUGUGUGAUAG